UAAAUCAAGAGUUAGCUUCCUCUGGGUGCAGCUCCCGCCAAGUAAGGCAAAUGGAUAUCGCACGUGGUUAACUCCUGAGUGCUUCGUGCCUGUAGAUCGUUUGUAAAGAACUGUAUGCAUGCUGUUUAAAUGUCUCAGUCGAAGUACUUUACACGCCAAAAACUAAGAGAAUGCACUUUCACUACAAAAUCUGUCAAAAAAAGGCAAGGCGAACAUGUGGAAAGUGGCAGUGCAAAUCUGAAGACUCAUGUUGCUCCCAAGAGAAAGAAACAAAUGGUUGACAAUAAUCACAGCAGCUAUGAACAAAUCUUAAAAGUUAAGACUCACGGAAAGAGUACAGUCCAAGAGUCUUCUACGACCAAAACUAAAGAGCCGUCAAUAUGGAAAGAGCAGCUAGCAAAUAUUAAAGAGAUGCGCCGACACAGGGACGCUCCCGUUGAUUCAAUGGGGUGCGACGUUAUUAGUGACAAGCAAGCUUCGCCUGAGACAUAUAGGUAUCAAGUAUUACUUUCAUUGAUGCUAUCAAGUCAGACCAAGGAUGAAGUGACAUCUGCGGCAUUGAAGCGUCUUCAAGUCCAUGGUUGCACUAUGGAAAACAUUCUGAAGACUUCUGAUAAUGCCCUUGGCGAGAUUAUCUGUCCAGUUGGGUUUUGGAGGAAAAAAGUUCAGUACAUAAAGAAGACUACAGCCAUCUUGCAGAAGGAAUACAAUGGUGACAUUCCAGAUACUGUGACAAAGCUCUGUGCACUACCUGGAAUUGGACCUAAGAUGGCACAUCUGAUUAUGAAAUGUGCAUGGAAUGAAAUCACAGGAAUCGGUGUUGAUACACAUGUGCAUCGCAUAUCAAACCGUUUAGGGUGGGUGCAAACUAAGCACCCUGAAGAAACUAGGAAGGCACUUGAAGAUUGGUUGCCAAGAGAAUGUUGGCAAGACAUCAAUCAUCUGCUGGUUGGUUUUGGACAACAGAUCUGUCAGCCAGUAACCCCUAAGUGCAAAGGAUGUCUCAACAAAUUGACCUGCCCAUUUGCUCAGUCGUUGCCUUCAGACAAAGUAAAUUGAAAAAGUGUUGGUGACUCUUGAUGUAUUUUCUAUUAUUUAUUUUUAAGCCAAAAUCUGUUAGCUUUUUUUGUUGUUGUUUCAGCAUUAUAUAUAUAUUUUUAACUCUUAUGAAUAUUUCAGUGUGGGGUGUUUUCUGCUAAUAAUUAAAGUUAGCACCCUACAUUCUUUGUUUGUCAUAUAAAACAUGCUUAGGGUUUUCUGAAACUCAGUUGAAGGUUGCCUGUUUUGAACCACAGGAUUGCCUACUUGGAUUUUUUAAUGCCAGACUGUUGGGUCAAAGGGUCUUACUAUUAUUCUUCAGGUUUGUUCCUCUCCACAGUUAAGGGAGAGGGUGGUAUCACAGGAUCUGGCACGUAAUACUGUGUCAAACACCACAUCUAACACAACAGACUUGAAUGCCCACCCCCUUUCAAGACUUUGCACUGUUCUAAGGCUAUUUUAGGUUGGGGUGGGUUAGGGUUAGAAAGCGAGAUGCAUGUGCAGUGUUGACUAUGCUGGUAGUCAUGGCAACCGCCUGUUCAUCUAAAACUCUCAUCUGCUAAUGUGCUGCCAUAUUUGUUUCAUUUGCUGCUCUUUUUCCCAUUUAAAAAAAAAAUUAUAGGCCCAUAACAAGCACAAAAAUCGUGCUAUCAAGAAUGUAGAAUGAAAAUGUUUACUUCAUUUAACAUUUUUUCUUUAAAACAGCAGUAACAAUAACAGAAAGUAAAAAGGGGAACAAACUAAUUGUUUCUAUCAUCCUGUAAUGAACGUAAUGUGGGUCCUGUGCGCAAUGGCUAUCUCGUUCAUUCAUUCUGCUGGCAUGCGCCCACACACUUAAUUACAACACAUUCCUUAAAUAUAGAAACUUUAGUAUGAAUCAACAGAAUAUACUUAAACAAAAAGUGCAUACAUAUAUACGUAAAGGAAUAGUUAUAAGUAUCAUUCAGAUCUUAUCUUAAAGCUUAGCUUUCCGGCUCUUCUUCUCCUCACUGGUCAUCAAGGUGAUAGUUCCAAGGUUUACAAGUUCACCAGCCAAAGUUCACACUUUCACUAAUAAAUUCCACUGGUCAUACGUCCAUCAGUUACAGUUCACGAUUCACCAAUAAAUUCCUUACAUCCAGAUACAAUAAUAUUUCAAGUCCCUCGGACCUUUUUUUACGUCUUACACCAGACGGACCUCCAUUCGCUACCACGCCACCGGGAAAAGUGAAGUUUCUUUCUCUGUGUAUGCCUUGGUUCGUUUCUGAUGGGUUUUUCCUUUCUGUAGAGCAUGACCUAAAGGAUGAGGAAGAGAAUAGGUUAGUUGAAGAUUCUGUUUCAUCGAUCUCCAUCUGUCGGUAACUUGGCUCGUUAAAAGAAAAUCUAGAAUCUGCGAUAUCAACUUUCCGGUAGCAAAAGUCACUCCAGUCACCGUGUGAACGAAAAACAAACCUUUAUUUAAUAUGUAACCGGACUGACCGGCACCCUAUCGCUAACACCCUAGCGCCAAAUCAGCCCGUUCCUCUUUUGUCGGUCCAUGGAAGAGGACGGGAGUUCCCUAGGAGAAUUUUCCUGUCUACAAAAAUUCUGGCUCUCGUUAGUCGGGUGCGUCGCCUAGUUCUUACGUGCCUCGCGUUGUGUUCUUUCUCUUCUAUACCUAUUUCCAUGCGCACCCGAGCUACAGCCGACCUAGGAGCCCACAAAAGACCCUGCUUUACCUACUGACUACACGUAAAGUGUCUUUUCAGUCGGUGUGUCAGUUUCGCCGGACCUUCUCGUGUGUUCUCUUCUGCUGCUGUGUCACGACUACAUACACAGGGACAGUACACAGACUAUCACUCGCUGACACUACACGCUCACACAAGUGCUAAAGUUUAAGACAUAGAUUUAUUUACAGAAUAUAUACAUCUACCAACAAAACAACUACCAAACUUAACCCUAAUCCUAACCCUACCUAGCCAAACCUACCGCCUAACUCUGUGGGGUGGGACGCUGAGUGAUGCGAGCCGCUAUUUCCAGCGGACCACAGCGCCUUGCGGCACCGAGGUACUUCUCGCUAGCUCAGGGGUGGGAAAAGAAGCUGAGUGUCGCGAGCCGCUAUUUCCAGCGGACCACAGCACCUUGCGGCACCGAGGUACUUCUCGUUAACUCAACUUCCUGGGGUGGGGACGAGAGAAAAGAGACUGAGGUCGCGAGCCGCUAUUUCCAGCGGACCAGAGCGCCUUGCGGUACUAAGGUACUUCUCGCUAACUCAGUCUCAAGGUUCUCGGGGUGUCUCUCUCUCUGUCUGACUGUGUGUGCGCGGCCUUACGCCCGCUUUUUGUUCAGGGCAGCUUGGGUUCUACGUCACCCGCAGUUGCUGCCCUGCCUCGCGCUGCGCGCCGCUCGCGCGACCACGCGUGUGGUGGAAGGGGAUGAGGGGUGGAGAUACUAGGCCUAAACAGCGCCCCGCUACACUCCCCUGUCCUCAGACCUAAUGUACUCGCUACCAAGUACAUUAGUCCAAAACAGAUCUAAUCUAAACAUUUCAAAACAUUUCUUAAAGU